AUGGCAGGUCCUGAUCUGACGAACACUCUUCUGUACACUGUCAACCACCUGCUGCAGCAAGAGAAGUACAAAGCGGCGUUGGCAGUGUUGAAGGGAUUCCGAAACGGCGCCGUAUAUGGGGCGAAAAUCCGAGCACCACAUGCUCUGGUCAUGACAUUUCUCUUCAGAAGUGGCAGUUUGAAGGACAAGCUCAGAGCCAUUCUGAAGGCCACGUACACCCACUCCCGCAACCUCGCCUGCUUCGUGCUCACAUAUAAAGGUCUGCAGGCGCUGCAGGAGAAAUGCCAGGGAAAGAGUUUGCAGUCUCACGCCUUUCUGGCCGCCUGUGUCGGAGGAUGGUUGGUGUUCGGAGAUAACAACAACAUCAAUAGCCAGAUCAACAUGUACUUGCUGUCCCGGGUCCUGUUCGCCCUCUCUCGGCUGGCUGUAGAGAAGGGCCUCGUCCCGCAGCCGAAACAUGACCCGUUCCCUCUCUUUGCCACGCUUGUGUGGGGCGUUGUCUUGUGGCUGUUUGAAUAUUACCCUCACACCCUCCAGCCGUCACUGCAGUCCUCCAUGAACUACCUCUACCAUGACAGCAAUGUGUGGCAUGACAUCACGGACUUCCUUGUUCAUAACAAGCCAAGGACUCCUGCUUAGACACCAGCUACAAUACACGAGUUGUAUUUAAAAAAAAAAUCAUUAUUAAUAUUCAAAAAAUGAUGUUUUGGAUGUUAAUGUUUGAUUCAUUGACAAAUGUACAUUUUUGUUGCGUGUCAACUCUCACUAAAUUUCCAGUGAAAUAGAGACCAUUAUAUCUGCUGUGAGACUGGAUCUGCUUUAAAGGAAACACGUGAAUGGAGGUCCAAUCAGUGUUUGUGUUGGACGGAGUCCAUUGAAGCUUCCUCGGUGUAGCAGUGUCACUGUGCAGGCAGUUCCUACAUGUACCACAAUGCAUUGUGCCUGAGCUUCUGACGCUCUGACAAACCUAGUGUAGCCAAGUUGAGCCGAUGCCUAUACAGGCAAUACAAAAACAACACAGGAGCUUCAUAGACGGCAACAACGACUAUUAUUUUCCACAUUGCGACCGGCAGCGCAUUACAGCUUCGCUCCUUCGCUCUCGGCACCUCGGGUUCUGGAGACUCCGCCGGCCACGAGGUUCACGAUACAUUUCUUUCCAUUAAGUGCGCUAAAAAAAUACUGUGAAAUGUACACAAGCCCUCGCUCUUAACGUCCUCUGCACUUAUAUUUUGUGAGGCCAUUUUCGUUGUUGGAAACGGAACUGGUUUACAAGAGAACAAAGAAGUUAGGUUUUUGAGCCCCCCCCCCCCCCCCUCUCUCUGUCAAACGCUGAAGUAGUCUGGAUUCUUCCUCCCACCAACCACGUCAAAUGUUGCAGCUGAACAGAAACUGCAGAUUUUGAAGCAUUUUAGAAUUCUUAUAAUUUUUAUUACCAGUGGAAUGUCACAAAAUAAAUACGGCUGCCAGAGAAUAAAAGACAAAAAUAUGAUUAAAACAGACAACAACUAAUAUAAUUAACUGUUAAAUAAUGGAUGUGCAUGUUGAAGUUAUUGCCAAUGUUGUAAUAUGUAUGACGUUUAAAAGCCGAAUUAUAUAUUUAAUGAAGACUCAAUGUCAGUUUUGAAAUGUGAUUUUCAUCCAAAAGACAUUGAGCUCCAACUCCUGUAAAGAUUUAUUCAACUUUAUUGCUUUUGAAUACACCAUCGUGUUCUGUGGUUGA